UUCCAUUUCCAAUCGCCUUUCAACUGACUUGCUGAGGGACAACAGUGUGACGUUAUUCUACUUCGCCAUGAAAAAAGGACGACUCGUGGGAUUAUAGAACAUGACGUGCGCGACAUUCCGAGACCGCUGAAGCCGAAUGAGAGUUUGCGAACGAACGCGUGCUCGCGUGCCGCUCGGCUCUUGACGUGCCUUGCGUAUGACGUCAGAGCGUCAGCUGGCCCAAUGUUUACAUCCAGCACUGGUGUGUUUCUGACUGGAUCCGCGAACAACAGGAGGCUGGCCGCGAAAGAGAUCACAAACAGAAAGGCUCCAUCGGCGGCUCUUUAAGGCAUCAUGGGUGGCGCUGUCAGUGCAGGGGAGGACAAUGAUGACUUGAUUGACAACCUGAAAGAGGCCUACUACAUCCGCUCAGACCUGGUGGAGCGGGCUUUUCGCGCCAUCGACCGUGCCGACUAUUACCUCGAUGAAUACAGAGAGAACGCCUACAAGGACUUGGCUUGGCGACAUGGGAACAUUCAUCUGUCAGCUCCAUGUAUCUACUCAGAGGUGAUGGAGGCUUUGGACCUUCACCCUCGUAUCUCCUUCCUGAACCUUGGCAGUGGGACAGGCUAUCUCAGUACCAUGGUGGGCCUCAUACUGGGACCUUUUGGAGUGAAUCAUGGGAUUGAGUUACAUGCUGAUGUAAUUGAGUAUGCCUACCAGAAGCUUGACUCCUUCAUCAAAACCAGUGACAGUUUUGACAAAUUUGAGUUCUGCGAGCCAUCCUUUGUGGUGGGCAACUGUCUAGAGAUCCCUCCAGAGAGCCGUCAGUACGACAGAGUGUACUGUGGGGCGGGGGUGCAGAAGGAUCAUGAGAAGUACAUGAAGAACCUAAUUAAGGUUGGGGGCAUUCUUGUAAUGCCCCUUGAGGAAAAGCUGACUAAGAUAACUCGCACAGGACCAAGCAGCUGGGAGACCAAAAAGAUCAUUUCUGUGUCCUUUGCUCCUCUCAUACUGCCUAAACACAACGUGAAUGGCAAACCCAAGACUGUCCCACUGCCAAAGUACGAGGUACGGACAUUACAGGAGCUCACUCGUUUCUGCAUCCGACAUACGCUUCAAAUGACCACUGACGGAGGAGAAAGCCAAUCACGCAGCUGUGGCUCCUCGUUCAGCGUGGGCAGGGGUCUGGCUGUAGCCGGACUUCACAAGUACGGCCCUCGUUUCAAACGUCGCCGCGUGCAUCGGCGCCGCUGCAACGCCCUCGUGCUGGCCACCCGUCAGGUGGUGGGCACCGGUAUGAGCCCCGCUUCUCUGGACAAUAACAAUAACCAGGGAGGGAUAGUUGAGGACGAGGAGGAGGCGGGUGAGAGGGAAGUGAGGCGAGAGAUGAGGGGAGAUAGGAGGGUGGCUAGAGGGUUGAUGGAGGAAGAAGAGAUGGUUGAGGAAGAGGCUGAAGAGGAGCAUGAGGAGGAGGAGAGGGAGACUGGAGAGCUUCUCAGAGUCCAGCCAGCUGUUAAUGUGUUGAGAGAGAGGAUCCUGGGCCUUCCGCUGCCCGAGCCCUUGAAGAGGUUUCUCUUGUACUAUAGAAACAAGUGAGCAACAAACCAGGAGAGACUGAAGCUCCUCUCCUACCUAUAGAAGGCAGGACAGCAUGCCUGACAUCACCUAGCCCUCAUUUCGCUCGGCCUCAUGGCAGACCAGGCGUCACCAACUUUUUUGAAACUGAAAGCUACUUCCUUGGUACCAACUCAUGGGCUACACACUUAGAACAAAUUUGCUCAAAUUACCUUUAAUUAUGUUGUAAUGAUUUCUCACAAUUAUCAAUGAUGAUUUGAAAGGGUAGGACAAAAAAUAUCUUUAUAAAUCUCUGCAAGUGUUUAAUCAAAUGAUCACUUCUACAACAUUCCUAGGAAAUCACAAUGCCAUCCCUGGUGAGCUAUUUUUUUUUUUUUUUUUUUUUUUUUUUUUU